AGUUCGCGCGUGGCGGUGACGGGGCGGAAGGGGCGGGCUCGAAGCGGUAGCGGCGCAAGAUGGCGGCCACCACGGGCUCGGGAGUAAAAGUUCCUCGUAAUUUUCGUCUGUUGGAAGAACUUGAAGAAGGUCAGAAAGGAGUAGGAGAUGGGACAGUUAGCUGGGGUCUUGAAGAUGAUGAAGAUAUGACCCUUACAAGAUGGACAGGAAUGAUUAUUGGGCCUCCAAGAACAAUUUAUGAAAACAGAAUAUACAGCCUUAAAAUAGAAUGUGGGCCUAAAUAUCCAGAAGCACCUCCAUUUGUAAGAUUUGUAACAAAAAUUAAUAUGAAUGGAGUAAAUAGUUCUAAUGGAGUGGUGGAUCCCAGAGCCAUAUCAGUCCUAGCAAAAUGGCAGAAUUCUUAUAGUAUCAAAGUUGUUCUGCAAGAACUUCGGCGUCUAAUGAUGUCUAAAGAAAAUUUGAAACUUCCUCAGCCACCUGAAGGACAAUGUUACAGCAAUUAAUUAAAAAAAAAAUCAUGCCCCCCUAUUCAAUUUAAGCUGUCUUCAUUUUCCACAGUAGUAAAUUUUCUAGAUGCAUCUUGUAGACCUCAAAAUACUGGAAAGGAAGUUCCCAUUCAAAGGAAGUUUAUCUUGAAUACUGUAAAUGAUACUAAUUUUCCAUUUGAAAUAUAAGUUGUGCUAUAACAAAUAAUCCUGUCAUGUGUAACCACUGUUCACAUAGUUGAACUUCUGGUAUCAAGAAAAGUCUAUUUAAAUUUAUUACUGUCAAGACCAGUGUGGCACAUCUAACUCAACUGUGAAAGCAUAGAUCACACAAUCACCUUGCUGUGUGUUUGGCCUGGGUUAUUCCCCUUCCCCCACCUUUUUCUGUCUUUUGCAAUAGAGUCGAAGCUCAGGGCUAUUUAUUAGAGGAGACACAAAGGUUUUAGCUUCCAGUACUACACUGGGCUUUAUGGACUACUAAUGGGGAUGUGUGCUAACCUCAAUCAUCCCUCCCUUUGUGCUAUCUCUAGUAAAGGCUGAAUGUGACUGUGGUUGUUCUUUUUGGGUUUUCUUUCUUUUCUUUUCUUUUCUUUUUUUUCCUUUUAUUGCCCUGAUAAUCAGGGGUAGGCUUUUCUUCCCUUUGGCCAAGGCAUAGAUUGUAUUUCUCCUCCCGGUCCCCCUUCCCAGUUAUGUGGGCCUUGGGUGAGGGAUUCAGGGUUCUUCGAUCUCUCUCCUCUCCCCCAUUGUCCUAGUGGGGGUGCUGCUUUAUUUUUUGUCCCCUUCUAUGACUCUUCUUCGUGCCAGUGGCCAGCAAUGGGGUAAGUGUUGGGGCAGUUAUCUGAUGUGUCCCCUCAUGCUUGUCAUUUUGUUUUUGCAAUGAAUUUAGUCUUCACCAGCCUGGGAAACAAGAGUAUCUAUUCUGCUCGCAAACUUGGAUCUCCCCUGCCCCCUUGGCACUGCUGCCACACCGCCAAGCUGGCCACGGCUGAUAUUAGAUAGGCUUUUGACAUGGUGAAAAGAGCAGUAAUUUACCAGGAUUGCUUGGAUCUGCUAGCUGCCAAACCGUAAUAGGGAAACUCUGCAAAUAGAAAUUCUAAACACACACUCCAGUUAAACCAACUUGAAUUUUGGUGCUUUACAAUUGACCUGAGAAUGUUAACUAAUAAACAAUGCACUUACCUUUUGGCCCUUCUAAAGACCUGACAACUAGAGACAAAUCAGCAUACUGUAGACUUUGUUUUGACACUUCAAGUCUCAGGAGGAAAAACUGUGCCAUGAAGAAUUGGAGGGGAAUGGUGCGCACAGCAGAUUAAGGACCUCCUUUAUUGGCAUUGCGUCCUGGCAAAUCACUGUCUUUUCUGAUUACUAUUUUGGACCACUAACUGCUGAAAUGUGGAUGCAAGCUUAAAUACAAACAACCUAGUGUGUCCUAAGUUUUAUGAAAAAAUCAGUGUUUGUGUAAAAAAUAAAAAAAUAAAAUAAAAAUAAACACACUUUAAAGCAGCAACUAUCAAGUCAAUGAACAAUUGAUGUUUCCAUUAACUCUUUUGAGGAAAAUAUUAGUUGUAAGGAUUUAACAUCCUCUGUAAUUAAAGUUUAACAUAACAGUAUUCCAUAAGCAGCCUUUUUAUUGUAUCAGACCAUUGCCUGAUUUUAAUAUAAUAAAAAGUGUGCAUUAAUAUUA